UCUUGAUUCCCAUCACUUAGGCAGCAUCAAGAUGAAGAUUCCUCCAUUUCAAGGCAAAAAUGAUCCAGAUGUGUAUUUGGAGUGGGAAAAGAAGGUGGAAUUGGUGUUUGAUUGCCAUAACUAUUCUGAGGAGAAAAAGGUGAAACUAGCAGCGGUGGAAUUUACUGAUUACGCUAUGGUGUGGUGGGAUCAGCUUGUGCUUAGUCAACCUAGAAAUCGAGAGCGUCCUGGCCUUACUGAAGGGUCCAAAAGCAUUGAGGAUUAUCACAAAGAGAUGGAAAUCGCAAUGCUUUAUGUGGAAUUAGAAGAUAUGGUGCAUAUGGCGAUGAAAGUAGAACAGCAACCCAAGCGUAAAGGAGCCACCACCAGAACUGGGCAAAAUUCAGGUUCCUCAUCUUCUUGGAAACUGAAUUGGAGCAAAAAGGAAGAAAAUUCUGUUUUUAAGCCUAAAACUGCAGCAUCUAAGUCAAAAGAAGUUGGCAGCAAUGAGAAGAGUAAAACAGAUAAUAUGCAAGGCAAAAACCGAGCCAUUAAGUGUUUUCGAUGCUUGGGAAGGGGGCAUGUUGCAUCUCAAUGUGCUAAUAAGCACACGAUGAUCUUGAGAGAAGAUGGAGGAAUUGAAACAGAGGGUGAAUCUGAUGAUGACUCUAUGCCACCAUUGGAAGCUGAUGAUGGCAUGGAAUAUGCUGUUGAUGGAGAACUGCUAGUCACCAGGCGUGCUUUGAAUGUGCAAGCCAAAGAAGAUGAUGAAGUACAACGUGACAAUAUAUUUCACACGAGGUGCCAUGUCAAAAACAAGGUAUGUAGUGUGAUUAUUGAUGGUGGUAGUUGUACUAAUGUAGCUAGCACUGUUUUAGUUGAAAAGCUUAAUUUACCUACCACUAAGCAUCCAAGGCCAUAUAAGCUGCAAUGGUUAAAAGAUUGUGGAGAAAUCAAGGUAAAUAAGCAAGUUCUGGUUUCAUUCUCUAUUGGACAAUAUAAGGAUGAGGUACUUUGUGACGUGGUUCCUAUGCAUGCUGGACAUUUACUUUUAGGGAGACCAUGGCAAUAUGAUAGGAGGGUAACACAUGAUGGCUUCAAAAAUCGCUAUUCAUUUGUCAUAGAGGGGAAAACAAUUACUCUUGCACCAUUGAGUCCAAGGCAGGUUUAUGAGGAUCAACUGAGCGUAAAAAAAGAGAGUGAGGUUGAGGGUAUGAAAAACAAAGAGAAAACAGCAGAAAAAGAGUCCAAAAAGAGAGAAAAGAUUGAGAGUGUUGAAAACAAAGAGAGAAAAUCAGUGAGUGUUUACGCAAAAGAAAGUGAUGUCAAGGCUGCAUUCUUUGCAAAGCAGCCUAUGUUUGUGCUUCUGUAUAAAGAUGCUUAUUUCAACACUAACGAACUUAAUGAUUCUUUGCCUAGUGCUGUUAAAUCUCGUGCAGGACUUCAAGGACCAUAUCGAAGCAACCCUAAUGAGGCAAAAGAACUUGAAAAGCAGGCUGAAGAACUCAUGAAGAAGGGGCAUGUGAGAGAAAGCAUGAGUCCAUGUGCAGUUCCAGUGCUACUUGUGCCUAAGAAGGAUGGGACUUGGCGUAUGUGCGUGGAUUGUCGUGCUGUCAAGAAAAUCACUGUAAAGUAUUGUCACCCUAUUCCUAGAUUGGAUGACAUGUUAGAUGAACUGCAUGGUGACGAUUUGAGGACAAAUCCUUUUGAGGAGAGAGGGAAUGAUGGGAAUCAAGAUGACAGCAUAUCUACUACCUCAUGUGAUCCAUUACACACCCAAGGAGGUCCAGUCACGCAAGCUAGAGCUAAGAAGAUGCAACACCAUAGGAACAUAAUUUUUGCAAAUCCACAGAUCAGAAUCAGUGAGAUAGUGAGAUUGUCUCAUUUAGAAUUAGGAGUUCAUGUUUCAAAGGAUAAGUGUAAACUAGCAAAGGAAAGGAUUAUUAAGGAGGUGAAGGAAACUCACAUGAAGGAAUUUGCUCAGUUAAGAGGGUAUGCAGAAGAGCUGUUGAGAUUGUCCCCUCAAUCAAAUGUUCAAAUUGACAGUGAGCCACCCACAACUCCAGAGGGAAAACCUAUGUUUAAAGGAAUCUAUGUGUGUGUAGAAGGAUGUAGGAAGGGUUUUCUACUGGGCUGUAGACCAGUAAUUGGAGUAGAUGCUUGUUUCCUCAAGGGGAUGUUCAAAGAAACUCUUUUGGCAGCUGUUGCAAGGGAUGGGAACAAUCAAAUGUUCCCAAUAUCUUGGGCUGUUGUUGACUCAAAGUCUACCAGCUCAUGGACAUUUUUUUUCAGAUGCCUAGCUGAUGAUCUAUCAAAUCACACUAGGCGAGAUUUAACGUUCAUUUCGGACCAACAUCUUCUGAGAUGCAAGGCAUUCUUUGACACAUCAUGUAAAUGUGAUGUGGUGGAUAACAACAUGAAUGAGACCUUCAACAAUUGGAUAAUGGAUGCCAGGUAUAUGCCAAUCAUCCAACUGUUAGAAUAUAUAAGGGUUAAGGUGAUGGUUAGGAUGGCUAAGAACAGAGAAGAAAUCAGCAAAUGGAGAGGAGAUAUAGCACCCAGAAUUAGGAAGAAAUUAGAAGAAGCACAUAAGAUUGAAGCUGCCAAAUGCAGAUGUGAAUGGAAUGGCAGGACCCAAUAUGAUGGUUGGCAUUGGAAUGACAAAUUUGUUGUGGAUUUGAUUGGGAAAAAGUGUAGUUGUAGAGCAUGGGAUUUAACAGGAAUUCCAUGUCCUCAUGCAUCGUCUGCGAUAGGUUUAGGUAACUUCGACCCGGAUGAAUUUGUAUCAAUUUGGUACAAAAGGGUUAAGUAUGAAUGUGCAUACAAUGUACCAAUCAUGCCUUGUAAUGGUGAGAAAUUCUGGGAAAAUUAUCAUGGGGAGCCACUAAAACCACUACCAUUUAGAUGCAAGCAGGGUAGGCCGAAGGUGAAUAGGAGGAAGGGUGAUAAUGAAACCAGAAAGGUGAAGGUGGGACAGCUAGAAAAGAUGACAAAGGAAGGUGGACAAAUCACGUGCUCACUUUGCAAGCAACCUGGACACAACAAGAGGGGAUGCCCCAAAAGGGCAACUGAAAGUGAAUCUGGUCAAUUUGAUGGACUAGGAAGAAAGAAGAAGCACAGAUUUGGUGAAUACAUUAAUUCACCAGAAUUGAACCCUGUGAGUUAGCUUAACAUUCAACUAAGAGUGUGAAUUGUGUUGAUCAUUUAUUUUUUAAUACUAGAAUUUAAUUUAUGCAUGGGAGUAAAGAACUUUGGUUUAAGGUUGUAGAAGGUGUUUUCUGUAGGCAAUAUGUAAAUGCAGUAAAUGCAUGGAAACAAA